UCUAUUGGACCACGUGACUGGAUAGUACACGUUAGGGCAGCCAUGGUUUUACCUAAUUCAUGUCCAACCCAAAAUGGGAAAGAGGUGGAAGGAUUGGAGAGGAUAGAACGAACAGCAAUGCAAUAGCCUGGGUAUUGUGUUUAAAUUGGGGGGAAAACUCGCUUUUCCAAUCCUCUCUGUAGGUUUUAUUGGUUGAAAACAAGAAGUUGCGAAGCCAAGCUCUUCUCCUCCUCAUCCAUCUCUCCUUUCUCAUCCUCAUCCAUCUCCCCUUCCUCCUCUCUCUUCUCCUCCUAUUUCUUCCCAGGUGGGCUUGAACCAAGACCUGGCCUGAUCCUGUUACCUGGCAACCAGUGAAGGGGCACCAAUCCUAGCCUCCUGAUUGGCUGUGACCGAAGCAGGCUGUAGAGGUGGUGAGGAGGGGGCAACCGAAAACAAACUACUUUGCUCACCCCCUUUUUUUGUUUCUUCUUUGUUUUGAAGGGGGGGGGAAGAGGAGCACUCGACAGGAGGAGGAGUGCUCUGUGGGCGCUCUAACUUCACAAAGGAGCAUGGGGCAGAGUGUUCCUGGAGGCAUAAAGACUAUUGACAUGAGGGACCCGGCAUUCAGGCCUCUGGAGCUGGCAGCUCUGGACCAUAACAAGCCCUCCAGGCUGGAUCUGCUGCUGGACAUGCCCCCUGCUGGACAGGAGGUCCAGAUGCAGCACUCGUGGAACAACAACGACCGAUCGCUCAACAUCUUCGUCAAGGACGACAACAAACUGGUCUUCCAUCGGCACCCCGUGGCUCAGAGCACGGAUGCCAUCCGGGCCUGUAUCGGCUACACCCGGGGGCUACACAUCUGGGAGAUCAGCUGGGCCAUGAGACAGCGGGGCACGCACGCCAUCGUCGGCGUGGCGACGGGAGACGCGCCGCUUCAUUCCGUAGGCUACACGACCCUGGUGGGUAAUAACCACGAGUCCUGGGGCUGGGACCUGGGACGGAAUAGACUUCACCACGAUGGAAAGAAUCAGCCCAGUAAGAUGUACCCUGCGUUCCUGGAGCCGGAUGAGACGUUUAUAGUCCCCGAUUCAUUCCUGGUAGUGUUGGACAUGGACGAGGGGACUCUGAGCUAUAUAGUGGACGGACAAUACUUAGGGGUGGCUUUCAGAGGACUCAAGGGGAGGAAGCUGUACCCUGUCGUCAGUGCUGUGUGGGGGCACUGUGAAAUACGAAUCCGCUACAUCAAUGGACUCGAUCCUGAGCCUCUCCCUCUGAUGGACCUGUGUCGGCGCUCCGUGAGGGUAGCUCUGGGCAGAGAACGACUGAGUGAGAUCCAUGGUCUGCCUCUACCAGCCUCUCUCAAGAAUUACCUGCUCUACCAAUGACCCCCUCAGCACAACAUAGAGAACAUCUCUUAGAUCCGUGGACUGCCCUGUCUGUUGCCUCAAUACAUACACAGAACAUGUGUCUCUCUCUCUCUCUCUCUCUCUCUCUCUCUCUCUCUCUCUCUCUCUCUCUCUCUCUCUCUCUCUCUCUCUCUCUCUCUCUCUCUCUCUCUCUCUCUCUCUCUCUCUCUCUCUCUCUCUCUCUCUCUCUCUCUCUCUCUCUCUCUCUCUCUCUCUCUCUGACUGCCCUGUCUGUUGCCUCAAUACAUACACAGAACAUGUCUCUCUCUCUCGCUCUGACUGCCCUGUGUGUUGUCUCAAUACAUACACAGAACAUGUCUCUCUCUCUCUCUGACUGCCCUGUGUGUUGUCUCAAUACAUACACAGAACAUGUCUCUCUCUCUCUGACUGCCCUGUCUGUUGUCUCAAUACAUACACAGAACAUGUCUCUCCCUCUCUCUCUCUCUGACUGCCCUGUCUGUUGUCUCAAUACAUACACAGAACAUGUCUCUCUCUCUCUCUCCUCUGACUGCCCUGUCUGUUGUCACAAUACAUACACAGAACAUGUCUCUCUCUCUCUCUCCUCUGACUGCCCUGUCUGUUGUCACAAUACAUACACAGAACAUGUCUCUCUCUCUCUCUCUCUCUUCUGACUGCCCUGUCUGUUGUCUCAAUACAUACACAGAACAUGUCUCUCCCUCUCUCUGUCUGUCUCUGGGAUUUUCCCCCUCAGAAGUGUAGCUCAACCAGUUCAACAACUCAACACAUCACUCCAGCCUCUCGGUUCGAGCUCUGACUCAUCCUUCCCAGCCCUCAGGGUUGGUUUGUACCAAUCACACCACAGAGUGAGAAGAACAUCAUUGUGUGAUGCCUGGAGUGUUCCGGAAGCCGUAGAGACCGUGGUUGGUAAUGGGUCAAGUCUUUUUUUUUUUUUUUUUUUUCGUUCUAUAAUCCUGUUUAUGAUGGUUUACUUCAAUCAUAUACUGAGAUAUCCACGUCGAUGACAGGCAUGACAUGCAGAGGGCUUUAUGCGUAUCUUUGCUGGUCCUGAGGGCUUUGAGAUGAUGACUGCCAUAGUGGUACUACAAUAUGUCUUGUCUGUCUGUGUGUCGAAGUGCAACGAGUUUAAUUGGUGCCGUCAGUCUGUUGUGACCGCAACACCUCCUUAAUAGUGAUUUUUGACUUUCUCUCCUUUUCCGUUUUGUCAUCUUAAAUGAAAAUUCAAUCAAGUGAUUGAUUGCUGUCUGACAUAUCCAUGGACUCUUCAGUUUGGUGGAGGGCCGUUGUGUGGUAUAACAGAUGGCUUUGUUGCAUGUUGAAAACUAUUUGUCAACAUUUUCCAAGCACAAGGUGGUGCCAUUUCUCAUCUUUACUUGUUCCUCCUCUUUUAGUGGUCCAUCAGGAAAUGGUUUUAAUCCUUUUUAUAUACUUGAGAGCUUUUAUGAGAUUUCCUUGGAAGGUUUUUUAAUAAAGUUAGUUAGUGCUCACCUUCCUCACACUCUCCAGUAGAUGAUGGUUGAUCUCAGCCCAGACUGCGUGUGCCUGGUGAUGGCCAUGCACUGACCCACCUACCAUAUCAUUGUGGUGUGUGAUAUAUACCACACAACACUGACCACCUGUUACUAAGGUGGUGAUACAACUCCAUUACUCCUGGAAACACCAACACCGCAGUUUGUCCUUCAAGGUGACCGUACACCUACCCCCAACCUUUUAAAGGGACAGUUCACCCAAAUUACCCCCCCCCCCCCAUGAUAGUAUAAGCUGUCUGGACAAGGACGGAGUACAAUCCCCAAGCUUUGGGUUCGUUUACCUAGAAUCCCGUUAUCCAUAGACCUGCUUUCGGGGUAAAAAAAAUAAAUAAAAAAGUAUAUUUUUAUUUGGGUGAACUCUGCUCUGCUGCGCUAUCAGGUUUUCUCCCUGCAAUAUUUGAAGCACCUGUUAAAUGUACCGAUGUCCCCAACAUAUUUUUAUUGAAGAGCUUUAUAUAUAUAUAUGUGAAUGAUGACAUCGCUGUGAGAAUUUCUAACAUGUACUAGCAGACUGUUUUGUCAUUGGUCGCCAAGCCAUUCACUGUACAAUGUCCGUGACCAUAGUCUUCUCUCUGCUUCGGACCCAUGGACUCUUUCGUGUGUGUCAAGGACUUGUUUGGGUAUAAGGGAUAGUUAGGUCAUUCUGAAAUGUGUGGGGAUGUCAUUGGAAGGUGUGGGGUCUUUUUUAAAUUUUUUAAAACUAUUGUUUUGUUUAGUUGGAAAGCAUAUGUUUAAACGGUACUCUGUUUCCUGGAUAGUGGUCUACCUUCUUUUUAAAUGGGCGGAUGUAGUUGGCGUUGUGCUGGGCAUUGACUGCGUUGAUCGGUUUUUUUUUUUUUCCUGUUUUUUUUUUCUAGUUUGCUCAUUUUAAUUUUCUUUAUGUAGUAAUAACUUCAAUAAUAAAAGUUUAUUUCGAAUUAUA